AUGUUUUUGUUCGAUUGGUUCUACGGAAUCUUGGCGUCGUUGGGGUUAUGUCAGAAAGAGGCGAAGAUUUUGUUUCUCGGGCUUGACAAUGCCGGAAAAACCACGCUCCUUCACAUGCUCAAAGACGAGAGAUUGGUUCAGCACCAGCCGACACAACAUCCAACGUCUGAGGAACUUAGCAUUGGCAAAAUCAAGUUGAAGGAUUUUGAUUUGGGUGGCCAUCAGAUUGCCCGAAGAGUUUGGAAAGAUUACUAUGCCAAGGUUGAUGCUGUUGUCUACCUCGUGGAUGCUUAUGACAAGGAGAGAUUUACAGAGUCUAAAAGAGAGCUAGACGCUCUUCCCUCGGAUGAAGCCAUUGUCGUUGUCCGGUUUCUGAUUCUUGGAAACAAGAUUGAUAUCCCUUAUGCAGCACCGGAAGACGAGCUUAGGUAUCACUUGGGUCUCACCAACUUCACCACCGGUAAGGGCAGAGUGACAACGGCUGGAGGAGAUUCUGGUGUUCACCCGCUGGAGAUUUGGGUCGUUACAGUAUUCAUGUGUAGCAUCGUCCGCAAAAUGGGCUAUGGCGAGGGCUUCAAAUGGCUAUCUCAGUACAUCGACUAA